AUGGCUGACAAAGGCAAAAAGGGCAAAGCAGCAGCCCCGGCACCCGAAGCCGCGCCCCCUCCGGGGGACCCCCAACCCGAAGACAAGAAAGACAAGGAGCCCGAGAAAAAGGAAAAGUCGGUGCAGCCCCAGGAUGAGGUGGGCAUGAGGAAGGGCUGUCGCCGCUACAAGUGGGAAUUCAAGGACAGCAAUAAAGAGUUCUGGGUUAUGGGGCACGCUGAGGUCAAGAUCCUGAGCUUGGGCUGCCUCAUAGCUGCAAUGGUUAUGUUCACGGACACCACCGUGCACCCUCUCCUGACACUCAUCAUCACCAUGGAGUUGUCCGUCUUCUGCUUCUUCUUCAUUAUCUACACCUUCGCCAUCAACAGAUACAUGCCCUUCAUCCUGUGGCCCAUUUCUGACCUUCUCAAUGACCUGUUCGCCUUCAUCUUCCUUGUGGGGGCCAUUGUCAUCGCAGUGAAAAGCCGGACGAGCAUGCCGACGCCCUACUUCAUUGCUGUGAUCCUCAUCGGUGUGGCUGGACUUUUCGCUUUAAUCGAUAUAUGUCUUCAAAGAAAACAUUUCAAAGGCAAGAAAGUCAAAAGGAAUGUGCUGAUUCCCCCUCCACCAAGGGAAAAGCCAAAGGGACCAGAAAAGCCACCGGAAAAGGCAGAAGAAAAGCCCCCGGAAAAGGCACCAGAAAAGGCCAAGGAUAAAGGAAAGGGAGGCAAGAAAUGA